CGCCGUCCCAACUCUUCGUCUCGAUUUCGACUGCCGCCGACUGGCCACCACCGACCGACUUGUUUUGCCAACAACAUUGACAGUCGGCGAUCGCACCCAGCAAGUCCUGGCGCCGAGAUGGGCAACGUUAGCAGCGUCCCCGACGAGGGCGCGGCUCUCUAUCUUAGAGAUCAGAAUCGCUUAACUAUCUCAUCCGCCGUCAUAACUAGCCCAAAGAGGCGCACUUCACUAAACAUCGCUCCGAAUGCAUUUCCGGCUACAAGAGUAUCUGCAUCGCGAGGCGCUGGUGACUCCGCUCCAGUCGAGUUUAUCCUGGACGCCGAGCAAACUAGUUCCGGUACAGGCCCCGCCUUCCUGCUGAAGCUCUCCAACGAAGACGAGCUUGUCUUCACCUUUACAUUCAUCAUUCGGCGGUCGCAACAUGUUGUACAGAACCCAGCGAAUGGCGCCGACGCUGUGGCCCCGGUCGACACCCAGAUCAAUGGUUUGACCUUUGUUUUUGCGUCGACACCGCGAGAGGUCGAAAACCUGGUGACUCGAGAGUUCCAUGCCGACCCGAACCUCCACAAGAACCCAAAUGUCUCCCUCGUUGGGACCUACUCGACCGAUGGUAGCCCCUCAGUAACCUUCGACUGGACCUGGCGGUGGAAACCGCCCAAGAACAACGAGGACAGGGGCGGGGGUUGGAGGAAUUCAUGCAGUUUUGUUGAGUACGACCAGCGAGCCCAUCGGCUGAUUACCCUGGCCAGCUUCUCCUUCUAUGUCACGAACACAUCCCCGUACCUCAGCCAACCUAACUCACCGACUCCCCCACUCUUGAGUGCUCCUCCCAAAGUCCGCGUCGUGUCUGCACAGUCGCUGGAGUCUCAGAUCAGUACUAUCCCGGAACAUGAGGAGAUCACUUCGCCUCAGCAGCCCAGCGUCGACCUGGCAAGUGGGCCGUUCUCCGCACCACAGGCUUUGAAAGAACCCAUCAAGGUUGACGUGUCAUGCCCUCGGCCAACAGAGGACAUGUCCAUGUCAGACGACGGGCCGGUCUUUCGAGCAACCAUGAAGGCGCUCGAGCAGAAGACAGGCAACAUGAGGAUGCAGAUGAAGAGGCUGAUAAAGAAGGCUGAACACGUCUACCAGGCGCAGCAAGAGGCCAACGAUGCGUUUGCCGGGUUCAUGGAUGCCCUGAAGGAAGUCUCGGCAACGAAUGCAAAUGCCGUACAACCUGCCAUAGAGCAUUACUUUGACAAGAUUGCCCGCGAAAUCCUGGCGUACGAGCGGCAGAACACGGCUAACCUGCAGAAGAUCGUCAUUGACCCGGUGAACAAGCUCUAUCAGAUGGAUAUCAAGCAAGCCGAGGCCAAAAAGCGCGACUUCGAAGAGGAGAGCAAGGAGUUUUAUGCCUACGUCAGCCGGUACCUCGGCCAGCGCCACGACUCGGUCAAGGCGAAACAGAGCGAUUCGAAGUACCAGACGAAGCGCAAGAACUUUGAGCUGAAGCGGUUCGACUACUCAUCCUUCAUGCAGGACUUAUCUGGCGGCCGUAAAGAGCAGGAGAUCUUGUCCCACCUCACCAGAUACGCGGACGCCCAAGCUAGGUGUUUUCUGGGCACCGCGAAGAAAGUCGACGAGCUGCUCCCACAACUCGAAGCGCUGUCGACAGAAGUCCAGGAGGCCGAUAAGGAGUACCAGUACCAACGGUGGGAGCGAGAGGAGAAGAGGCGGCUCCUUGAAAAAAGCAAUCUACCUUAUAGUGAACCCGAACCGCCUUCUACGGCAUCAGGGCCUCCCCCACCUUUCGGCCAUGCCAAUGGCAAUCAGCCCAACUCCUCGGAUACCGAGAUCGGCCGUGCGGACAGCACGGGUUCCCAACUGAAGCCGACUCGCUCGAUAAAUACGAGCAACUCGCCCAGCGCCGUCGAUCUGAGCAGAUCACCAGGGAGCCUGUCCCAACAGGGGUCCAUUGGCAGCCCCGUGCAGAAUUCCAAGUUCAAAGGCAUUCGUGAUCUGGAGGAGCGAGAUCCUAGCCAAGCGGCACUCUCCGACAAAGAGGCACCAAACCGCAAAGAAGGCUUGCUUUGGGCCCUCAAUCGCCCCGGAGGUCAUGUAGACCCGCGUAGCUUGAACAAGCAAGGCUGGCAUAAGUUUUGGAUCGUUCUUGACCAAGGAAAGCUGUCCGAGUACAGCAACUGGAAGCAGAAGCUUGAUCUCCACAUGGAACCCAUCGACUUGCGCCUUGCUUCGGUCCGGGAGGCCAGGAACGCGGAUCGUCGGUUCUGCUUCGAAGUUAUAACCCCGCAGUUUAAGCGUGUUUACCAAGCAACAUCCGAAGAGGAUAUGAAUAGCUGGAUUAUGGCUAUCAACAACGCUCUGCAGAGCGCCGUUGAGGGUCGGGCGUUCAAAGAAAAGCCAUCAACGGCUCAUGGAGACUUGGGCUUCAAUGGCGUGGACAUCGGCUCCAUGUUGGUCGGCAAGAGCUCGUCGGUCAGCCACGGCAGCCACAGCUCAAGCGCCAUCCCCUUCCGACGGACGACUGUUGGCGCCCGGCCUAGCACGUCGCGCGGCAAUAGCUUCGAGGAUAGGCCCGACAAGCUACUGCAGAUGUUGCGGGAAAACGACCAAGGAAACUGCUGGUGUGCUGACUGUGGUUCCAGUAACAAAGUCGAAUGGGUCUCGCUCAACCUUGCAAUUAUUGUGUGCAUCGAGUGCAGCGGCAUCCACCGGUCAUUGGGUACACAUGUCAGUAAGAUCCGAUCCCUCACGCUCGACACGACCUCCUUCACGCCCGAUAUCAUCGAGUUGCUUCUCCUCGUUGGAAAUAGAGUCUCCAACAUGGUGUUUGAAGCCAAGCUGGACCCGGCCAUGAAGCUCACCCCGCAGGCGAAUCGAGAGCAGCGCCUCAGGUUCAUCACUGCCAAGUACGUCGAUCGCGCAUUCGUCGAGCCUAUCUCGCCUACCUUGUCGAGGUUCGCCACGCCCGAGGAGACGCUCCUUGCCGGGAUCAAGCGCAACGAGAUCCAGCAGAUCCUCUAUGCCCUGGCCCUCCGAGCAAAUCCCAACGCGGCCGACAAGUCCCGCGGAACGCACGCCAUUUAUCUGGCGCUUGCGGCAGCAGAUCCUGCUCCGCCGUCGCCCAUUCCACCGCAGGCGCUGGCUCCGCCAACCCCGACCGUCGACCGAGCGGUUCCCUUCCCCGUGGCCGAGUUCCUCAUCCAAAAUGGCGCCGAGAUACCCGAUUCUCUCCCGCAAUUCCCGCUCAGCGCGGCCGCCCAAGCUUACAUCGAGAUGAAGCGCGGCCGGAAAGCCGCCAUCGAGGCCUCGGGCUCGUACGACAGCUCCUCGGGCUCCCUCUCGUCCAGCGCCCCGCUGCAGAAUGACAACAAGCACAGGGACGCCAGGCUACAGAAGAGGGUCAGCGCAGGCGGCAGGCUGGCCAAGACACCCAUCCCGGAACGCUAGAGCGCGUUGGGCGUCGCGCUUGUCGCUUGUGGCGUGCCGUUUAUGCGAGCGUCGCGCCAGAGGGGGUAUUCCUCCGUGUGAAACAAACCCCCUGGUUUUGUUUCUUCUUUUCCUUUUUACCCUUCCUUGCACAUGUAUUUUCGCAUCGAUGAUUUGUAUUCACUGCUCCUGGACACAAACAUUUUCCGAUCAGGCAGUGGGUUAUUCUAUGGGGUUCUUCGACCAGUAAUUCCCGUUCAUGCUGUUGCUUUGUCUUCGUCCUGGUAUGAGAAUAAGAGAGAGAGAGAGAGAGAGAGA